CUCCGCUUAGCCCGAGAAGCCAUGCUGCCGCCGCGGCUUUUGCCUGGAUUCCUGUGCGCAUGCGCCCCGGCAGCCGGAAAAGGUAGGCCGCGGCCAUCCCGGCAGCGGACAAGACGAACGUGGGAAUCGGACGGGGCGGUUGUCCCCCAUCGUUACCACCCCUCGCCGCGCCCAAGCCUCUUCGCGAGCGGGCUCUCCGCGCAGUAUUCUCUAGCAAUUCUCCAGAAAACAAUGAAAGUCCUUUUGCUGAAAGAUCCCAAAGAAAGUGAAAAUGGACCAGAUCCAUAUAUAAAAGAGCUGAGCUCACACGGCCUUGAAGCAACUUUGAUUCCAGUUUUAGCAUUUGAAUUUAUUUCUCUACAGGCUUUCUUUGAAAAACUUUCUCAUCCUGAACAAUAUUGUGGGCUCAUUUUUACCAGUCCAAGAGCUGUUGAAGCUGUCAAGUUAUGUCUGGGGCAUAAUUCUAAAGAAGAAGUUUGGAAAAAUUCUCUGAGAGACCAGUGGAACAUGAAAUCAGUUUAUGUUGUGGGAAAGGCUACGGCAGGUCUGGUAGCUGCACUGGGCCUCGUACCACAAGGAGAAGACUGUGGAAAUGCAGAAAAACUCUCUGGAUAUAUUUGUUCCCGAGAGUCACCCAAUUCAUUGCCUCUGCUUUUUCCUUGCGGUGCCCUCAAAAGAGAAACGCUUCCAACAGUACUCAGGGGAAAAGGAAUUGCACUGGAAUGCCUUACCGUUUAUCAAACUACGCAGCAUCCUAGUCUUCAAGAAUCUUUGGGGAAUUAUUUCUCACAACAGGGCAUUCCUGCUAGUAUUACAUUCUUCAGCCCUUCUGGUGUCAGAUAUUGUCUGAAGCAGAUUCUGAAAUUAUCUGGUGAUCUCAUUUCCCAAAUAAAGUUUGCUGCUAUAGGUCCAACAACAGCUGAAGCUAUGACAGCUGAAGGAAUCUCAGUGAGCUGUACUGCCCUCAGCCCAACCCCAGAGGCUCUUACUGAUGGGCUUAGGAUAAGUCUCCAGGUAUAGAACUGCUCACAGGCAGAUGUUAAGACAGUGUGUGUUUCAAAUUAUGCAAUUAUGUAUUAUUAUCACAAAUACAAUUUCUGAACUGAAUGACGCCUCCUUUUGAGUCAUAUGGUUGGGUAAAACCUUUUAUUGGACCCCUAAAAAGUUGCAAAUAAGGCAAGCUUUUGAGCUGCCAAUAACUCUUCAAGGAGAGAAAGUAUAAAGUGUGGGAUGAAGAUAAACAGUCCAAAAAUUGGACCAAGUGCGAUGUCCUUGGUUCUUCAAAGGAGAUUGUUUGCAAGGUCAGGUGGAGUUGUAAAUAACGUGCUCUGCUUGGAACAAGCAUCACUGCCAUGAAGACUUCUGUUCACUGGGGAUUCUCUCGAUUCUGAACACUGGAUGUGAUGAUCAGUGUGUGGUUUUAACCUAGUCUGAUACCUGAAUUUGCUCUCUGGUUUUCUGAAGUAAAGACUGUUACCUUGUUCCAUGUUUUUGUUUGAAACCUACAAAGAAGUCUAUAAAUCUCCCCUUAAGGCAAUGGAUAGAACUAUAAAGGUCCAAGCAAGACUUUUUUCUAUAUAAGAGAGGAGAAACUGUACACUGAUACCUCAAUCCUAUGUGGAAUCUGCAAAGCUCCAUCAGACUUUGCAAGCAGUCUGAUAUUUGGAGUCAUGGGCAUCACAUAUGGCCUAAUUUUUGGCCUGUUUACCUGAACACCAGAUUUUAUGCCAUCUUCGCCUGGCUGAAGAGUUUUGAGAGCUUACAAAUAAGCUGACAAGUCAACCCAGAACUUUGUUUCUAGAGAUGGAUCACACAACUAUUUUCCGUUUCCUUUUCCAUUUUUAAUGUAUGGCUAUUUCUAGUGUUUGCUAUGAUUAGAAGUUGUAUUCAAUUGAUUCUGUAUAUUCUUUCAACUGUGUUAAAAGAGCUAUUGAUAAAUUUGUUACGCUUAGUUGGUAAAAUUGACUGUAACAGCCAAUUUCUCGAUUAUAUACUUUACCCUAACAAAUGUGAAUCUUUGCACUAUUUAAUGUUUAUGAAAUAAUAAUAAAGAUGUUUUAGAUGCUCUGACGCCAUCUAAGGAAA